AUGGUGAAUAUACCUCAGCAUCAACAAUUUAGUUUUCUUGGAGUACAAUCUGGAGGCAUAGAAAAUAUUGGGUGCACUCAAAGAGAUUUGUAUAAUCAUGAAAGAGAUAUACGUGCUGAUUUGAAAGGGCAUGAUGGUGAAAUGUUUUAUGAGUAUUUAAAAUUGGAACAAGGAAAGAAUCCCUCGUUUACUUUUCAAAUUGAGGCCGAUGAGGAACAAAAGAUUACUCGUUGUUUUUGGUCCGAUGCAACUUCAAGGCGGGCUUACAAUUUUUUCGGUGAUGUUGUAAUCUUUGAUACCACUUAUAACACUAAUCGAUAUGGCCUAAUAUUUGCACCAAUAAUGGGGGUUAACAAUCAUGGUCAGACAAUCCUUUUUGCUUGUGGAUUUUUAAAUCAUGAGAGCGUUGAUGAUUUUGUAUGGUUAUUUAAUCAGUUUUUGGCAAGUAUGCCUGGUGGUGCCCCGAAGAUGAUUAUUACCGAUCAAGAUCCAGCUAUGACUAAGGCAUUCCCUCUUGUUCUUCCAAAUACUUUUCACAGUUGGCAUAUAUUAAUGAAGUUUUCUGAGAAAAUUGAUGCAGUGAAAUAUAGUAUUUAUAAGAGUGAGUUUUCGGCUUGCAUUUGGAAAUCAGAGACUCCUGAAGAAUUUGAUUUACAAUGGGAAAGUCUGAUUAAGAAGAGUGGGUUAGAAGGAAACAAAUGGUUGCAAGACCAAUAUGAACUUCGGUCAAGAUGGAUUCCAGCAUAUGUUAAUCACGUAUUCUCAGCUGACAUGUCAAGUAGUCAACGAGCAGAAAGUGAACAUGCAUUUUUCAAGAAAUCUGUUUCGAAGAAUAAUUCAUUGGUGGAUUUCAUGAUUCAGUUUGGUAGGGGACUAGUGCGCUAA